AUGGUAACCGCUUCUUCUUUUUAUUCCUUCUUCAAGAGUCUUUUGAUCUUAUCAACUUUCUCCUUCUUCUCCAUCUUAACAAUCUCUACGAAAUUAGAACUCGGAAAGCAUAACAAUGGCGAGCCCGAACAACUUGCGAGAAUCGAAAUCGCAUCUGGACUUGAACGAGUGUCUCACUCUUCCCAAAACCCUCGAUCCUUCAUCUCCUUCUCCCAGCGAUGCCUCAAGAUCAUCCGUUGACCCGACCCGACCCGAUUCUUCUUCUUCUCGCCCUGCCUCUACUCCUUCCUCUUCUGGCUCCCGUUUCUCUAAGAGCAGGUGCGCGAUUUGCUUGUAUGAGAUUAGAAAGGAAGACGGGAAGGCUAUUUUUACUGCAGAGUGCUCUCAUUCCUUCCAUUUCGAUUGUAUUACCUCCAACGUCAAACAUGGAAACAGGAUUUGCCCUUUAUGCAGAACUCAGUGGAAACAAGUCCCUUUGUGUGAUAUUGACUCUGUCCCUACCUUGCUUGCUCAAAUGGGUUUUGAAGAUGACGAGCCUUUACCUCAAGGUGAGACCCAAACCCAGAGUGAUGGUCAUCGUUCGGAUCAUCAAGCCCUCGAGAUUCAACUGUUCCCUGAAGUCUCUGCACUGGCCAAACCGGUCUCUCGUGGUGAUUUUGCUGUUCUGGUUCAUCUUAAGGCUGAGGGUGUGAGUGAUGAUGCUAGGCGCGCUCGAGCUCCUUUGGAUCUUAUUACCGUGCUUGAUGUGAGUGGUAGCAUGGAAGGAGUCAAAAUGGAGCUUAUGAAAAAUGCAAUGGGUUUUGUGAUUCAGAAUCUUGGUGAAACUGAUAGGCUCUCUGUAAUCUCCUUCUCCUCCACGGCUCGCCGACUAUUCCCUCUUAGACUGAUGUCUGAGACAGGGAAGCAAGCGGCGAUGCAGGCUGUUAACUCCUUGGUUGCUGGCGGUGGGACAAACAUUGCAGAGGGGCUCAAGAUUGGUGCGAGAGUGAUUGAGGAUAGACGGUGGAAGAACCCGGUUUCCGGGAUGAUGCUAUUGUCUGAUGGACAGGACAACUUUACUUUUUCUCAUACUGGGGUCCGUCUGAGAACAGAUUACGAGUCUUUGCUUCCCAGUUCUUGCCGUAUUCCAAUUCAUACCUUUGGGUUUGGCUCAGAUCACGAUGCUGAGCUAAUGCACACGAUUUCAGCAGUCUCUAGUGGCACGUUUUCGUUCAUCGAAACAGAGACUGUGAUUCAGGAUGCUUUUGCGCAAUGCAUUGGAGGGCUUCUCAGCGUUGUGAUUCUUGAACAAGUUGUCGAAAUCGAAUGCAUUCAUGAGCAGGGCCUGAAAAUAUCCUCUAUAAAAGCAGGAAGCUACAGAAGCCGUAUAGCAUCUGAUGCAAGAACCGCCACAAUCGAUGUCGGAGACAUGUACGCAGAAGAAGAAAGGGACUUCCUUGUGAUUCUUGAAAUUCCGUGCUGCGACAAUGUGUCUGCUGAAUCUGAAUCCUUGUCGUUGCUCAAGGUUAGAUGCGUCUACAAAGAUCCUGUGACGAAAGAGAUAGUCCGUGUAGAAUCUGGAGAACUAAGCAUCCAAAGGCCAAUGAAGCUUACAGGAGAAGAAGUGGUAUCCAUAGAGGUUGACAGGCAAUUAAACAGGUUCCUUGUUUCAGAAGCUAUGUCAGAGGCUAGGGUUUUAGCGGAUGGAGGUGACCUGAGCGCGGCAGUUGGGAUUCUUAGAAACCGUGAGAGGGAAUUGUCGGAGUCACCGUCUGCUCGAUCCAGUGACAGGCUUUGUCAAUCACUAUCCUCCGAGUUGAGUGCGUUGCAAGAAAGGAUGACGAGCAGGAGGAUGUACCGAACAUCAGGGCGAGCUUAUGCCUUCUCGAGCAUGAGUUCGCAUUCGGCUCAAAGAGCAACGGCUCGUGGAGACUCGACCCAGGGUUUUAGCUCGGUGCAGGCUUAUCAGACGUCUCCAAUGGCUCGUAUGGUGACUCGGUCUCAGCAACUGGUGCUCGAAAGCCCUACUAAACCGUCCCCUGCUCGUGGAGACCAAAGCUGAAGAGAGAAAUUGACAGAAAGAAUAAUAAAAUGGGUUAUUGUGAUUGCUGGUUUGGUUUUAUUUUGGUUUGGUGAGUGUGAAGAGAGAAAUUGAGUUGGUUCAGUCUGAAACGGGGACAUUGUUUCUACUGGUUCUUCUUAAGCACAAUAUGGGUUAGUUCUGUUUAAGAUUUGUCGCUGAAAUUUGUAGCGUCUUAUUUGGUUUAAUUGCGAAUUUGUAUAAAUUUAUAAUGGAACAUUCUUUGUUACA